AUGCUCCGCCGCCCUUUAACCGUCCUGUCCAUCACGGCAGAGGACAUAGCCGACUACGAGGACCGCGCCGCAGCCCAGCGCGCCGAGCAAGAGCAGCAGCAGCGCGGGCACCACCACCACCACCCACUGCACGCACUGCAGGCCGCUCAUGCACAGUUUCAGGCCCGUCGCGCCGCCGCCGCCGCUGCUGCUGCCACAACCACAACCACCACUACCCCGGUAACAACCGCUACCGCAGCAGCAGCAGCAACUUCUGCAGGUGGCGGUGGUGGUGCAGGACAGCGACUGCGAACCGAAAGGAAGCGGAUGGUUAUGAUGCGCCGGGGUCAUGCACGGUAUGGGUAUGGUGGGUAUGCGGGGGAAGAAGAGGGUGACGAGUUGGAGGGUGCCGGGGAGGAAGAGGAUGAUGAGGACGAUGAGGAGGCGGAGACGUCGUUCUAUGCGCGGGCCCAAGCGCAGGCUAGUCGGGUGGUGAGCGCGAGCUUUGGGAGGGUUGGCGGGGGUGGCGCGGCUGCGCGGGGGAGGUUUGAGGCUUCUGGUCCAGGUCCUGGUCAUGGAGGAGGAGGUGAAGGAGACGAAGAGCCGGAGGAUGACGGGGAAGGGGAGGAAGAAGGAGAAGGAGAUGGUGCUGAAGGUGAAGGUGAUGGCGACGGCGAUGGGAUGGAUAUUGACGUUGCCGGUCCCGGCCCAGGAGGCGCUGCGGUUGGCGGUCAGCACUAUCCGCAACAGCAACAACAACAACAACCUCCGCACCUCACUCCCGUACCAUCAGCAUCGGCAUCCGCAGCCGGCGCGGAAACGCCCACCUUCCCCCGCGACGCACGCAACAACCCGCCGCAGGCCCCGCAGCGACGGACCGCCCGAGAGCGCACCGCCGAGCGGGAGCUGUCAUCCUUGGCGGCCGGGCCGGGAGGAGGAGCAGGCGUGUCAGCGACGCGGGAGUCGCGGUUAUUACGCGGCCACGGCGGGACGGCCGGGAGAGGAGCCGCAACCGCCACGACGAUGAGGAAUGCGGCUGCAGCCAAUGUAGUCACGCCCGAGGCGAGGGUGCAGCGGAGCCGGGAAGAGCGGAUUGGGGUCGCGGCGCCAAGGAGGGGACGGCCGCCUGCGUGA